AUGUCUGGUGAACUUGGCCUGACCUGCCUCACGUACGUUACCGCUUACGGUAGAGGUGCCGGCGUCAGCGGUGGAUACUACGGGGGAGGACCUUUCAAUGGUUUAGGAGGACCUGUAAAUGGUUUAGGAGGACCUGUAAAUGGUUUAGGAGGACCAUUUAACGGUUUAGGAGGACCUGUCAAUGGCUUGGGCUCACCUUUCAAUGGUUUCGGAGAACCUCUCAAUGGUCAAGGAGGACAUUUCAAUGGUUUUGGAGGACCUGUCAAUGGUCAAGGAGGACCUUUCAAUGGAUUAGGAGGACCUGUCAAUGGUCAAGGAGGGCCUUUCAAUGGUUUGGGAGGACCUGUCAAUGGUCAAGGAGGACCUUUCAAUGGUUUCGGAGGACCUGUCAAUGGUCAAGGAGGACCUUUCAAUGGAUUAGGAGGACCUGUCAAUGGUCAAAGAGGGCCUUUCAAUGGUUUGAGAGGACCUGUCAAUGGUCGAGGAGGACCUUUCAAUGGUUUCGGAGGACCUGCCAAUGGUCAAGGAGGACCCUUCAAUGGUUUAGGAGGACCUGUCAAUGGUCAAGGAGGACCUUUCAAUGGUUUCGGAGGACCUGUCAAUGGUCAAGGAGGACCUUUCAAAGGAGGACCUGUCAAUGGUCAAGGAGAAUCUUUCAAUGGUUUUGGAGGACCUGUCAAUGGUCAAGGAGGACCUUUCAAUGGAUUAGGAGGACCUGUAAAUGGUCAAGGAGGGCCUUUCAAUGGUUUGGGAGGACCUGUCAAUGGUCAAGGAGGACCUUUCAAUGGUUUCGGAGGACCUGUCAAUGGUCAAGGAGGACCUUUCAAUGGAUUAGGAGGACCUGUCAAUGGUCAAGGAGGGCCUUUCAAUGGUUUGAGAGGACCUGUCAAUGGUCGAGGAGGACCUUUCAAUGGUUUCGGAGGACCUGCCAAUGGUCAAGGAGGACCCUUCAAUGGUUUAGGAGGACCUGUCAAUGGUCAAGGAGGACCUUUCAAUGGUUUCGGAGGACCUGUCAAUGGUCAAGGAGGACCUUUCAAAGGUUUAGGAGGACCUCUUAAUGGUCAAGGAGGACCUGUUAAUGGUUUAGGAGGACCUGUCAAUGGUCAAGGAGGACCUUUCAAUGGUUUGGGAGGACCUGUCAAUGGUCAAGGAGGACCCUUUAAUGGUUUAGAAGGACCUGUCAAUGGUCAAGGAGGACCUUUCAAUGGUUUCGGAGGACCUGUCAAUGGUCAAGUAGGACCUGUUAAUGCUUUCGGAGGACCUCGCAAUGGUCAAGGAGGAACUUUCAAUGGCUAA